AUGCUCCGGACUCGCCACACGGCAAAGGCCUUGAGGGCCUUCGGCCAGCCAAGGCAAUUCACCUCGACCACGAAGCUGCCCGCCGCGCAGGUCAUCCAGAAGGCGCCCGGUGCCCAGAGAAAUCAGACCACGGCCGCCGCCGCCGCCGCCACGACUGCCGCGCCUCAAGUUCGCCCCAUACCGAGUCCCGCCUUCAACGCCCAAGAGCAAGACCGGAGUCAUGUCCAGCCGCUGGUCAAUCCGCAAAGGAGCGACAUGGAUGACUCCUUCAUCGGCAAGACGGGCGGCGAGAUAUUCCACGAAAUGAUGCUCAGACAGGGCGUCAAGCACAUCUUUGGUUACGCUGGCGGGGCCAUCUUGCCUGUCUUCGACGCCAUCUACAACUCAAAACACUUCGACUUCAUCAUGCCCCGGCACGAGCAGGGCGCCGGGCACAUGGCCGAGGGCUACGCCAGGGCCUCGGGCAAGCCCGGCGUCGUCCUCGUCACCUCGGGCCCCGGCGCCACAAACGUCAUCACCCCCCUGCAGGACGCCCUGUCCGACGGGACGCCCUUGGUCGUCUUCUGCGGCCAGGUCCCCACCACGGCCAUUGGCAGCGACGCCUUCCAGGAGGCCGACGUCGUCGGCAUCUCGCGCGCCUGCACCAAGUGGAACGUCAUGGUUAAGAACGUUGCCGAGCUGCCGAGGCGCAUCAACGAGGCCUUUGAGAUUGCCACGAGCGGCCGCCCCGGCCCCGUCCUCGUCGACCUGCCCAAGGACGUGACGGCCGGCAUCCUGCGCAAGGCCAUCCCCACCGACACGGCCCUGCCCUCGCUGCCCAGCGCCGCCUCCCAGGCCGCCAUGGACCUGAGCCGCCGCCAGCUCGAGUCGUCGAUCCGCCGCGUCGCCGACCUCGUCAAUAUGGCCAAGCAGCCCGUCAUCUACGCCGGCCAGGGCGUCGUGCUGUCCCCCGGCGGGCCCGAGCUGCUCAAGGAGCUGGCCGAUCGCGCUUCCAUCCCCGUCACCACGACCCUGCUCGGCCUCGGCGCCUUUGACGAGCUCGACGACAAGGCCCUGCACAUGCUGGGCAUGCACGGCUCCGCCUACGCCAACAUGGCCAUGCAGGAGGCCGACCUCAUCAUUGCCCUCGGCGGCCGCUUCGACGACCGCGUCACGGGCAACAUUGCCAAGUUUGCCCCCGGCGCCAAGGCCGCCGCCGCCGAGAAGCGCGGGGGCAUCGUGCACUUCGAGGUGAUGCCCAAGAACAUCAACAAGGUGGUGCAGGCCACCGAGGCCAUCGAGGGCGACGUGACGGCCAACCUGCGCCGGCUCAUGCCCCAGGUGCGGCCGCGGUCGACGGCCGACCGGGCCGCUUGGUUCGGCAAGAUCAACGAGUGGAAGCGGCGGUGGCCCAUGUCGCACUACGAGCGGGCCGGGCCCGGCGGGCUCAUCAAGCCGCAGACGCUCGUCGAGGAGCUGAGCAACCUGACGGCGGACCGCAAGGACACGACGUACAUUUCGACGGGCGUGGGCCAGCAUCAGAUGUGGGCAGCGCAGCACUUUCGCUGGCGGCACCCGCGCACCAUGAUCACGUCGGGCGGGCUCGGCACCAUGGGCUACGGCCUGCCGGCGGCCAUCGGGGCCAAGGUGGCGCGGCCCGACGCGCUCGUCAUCGACAUUGACGGCGACGCCUCGUUCAACAUGACGCUGACGGAGCUGAUGACGGCGGCGCAGUUCAAGAUUGGCAUCAAGGUGAUUGUGCUCAACAACGAGGAGCAGGGCAUGGUUACGCAGUGGCAGAACCUCUUUUACGAGGACCGCUACGCCCACACGCACCAGGUGAACCCGGACUUUAUGAAGCUGGCCGAGUCGAUGAGUGUCGAGUGUCGGAGGGUCUCGGACCCGGCCGAGGUCGUCGACAGCCUCAGGUGGCUCAUCGACACCGAGGGGCCGGCCCUGCUCGAGGUCAUUACGGAUAAGAAGGUGCCGGUGCUGCCCAUGGUGCCGGCCGGGUCGGCCCUGCACGAGUUUCUGGUGUACGACGAGGACACUGUAGCCAAGGACAAGAAGCGGCGGGAGCUGAUGCGGCAACGGACGUGCGGCCUGCACGGCUGA